AUGGGAAGAGCUAUAAAGGUUGAGAAGGGAACAUUUUCUUGGGGUAAAUCUAUCAAACCAAUACUUAGCAAUAUUAACAUCGAUGUUUCUGAGGGAGAAUUGGUAGCUAUAGUUGGGUCUGUUGGUGCUGGUAAGUCGUCUAUUUUAUCAGCAAUGCUUGGUGAAAUGGAGGUAUUCCACGGCAAAGUUGCGUCCAAGGGUAAAAUUGCGUAUGUAUCACAACAGGCGUGGAUUCUGAACGCUACAGUGAGAGAGAAUAUUUUAUUUGGAUCCCAAAUGAAUAAGAAGCAAUAUAAACGUGCUAUAGAAGCCUGUGCUUUACAAGAAGACCUUAAAAUGUUAUCAGGUGGCGACCUGACAGAAAUAGGAGAAAAGGGUGUGACGUUAAGUGGUGGUCAGAAACAAAGAAUAAGUUUAGCACGAGCUGUGUACACUGAUGCUGAUGUUUAUCUAUUUGACGAUCCACUAAGUGCUGUAGAUUCACAUGUUGGUAAACACAUCUUUAAACGUGUAAUUAGCGAUUCUGGAAUCUUAAAAUAUAAGACUCGUGUAUUUGUAACACAUGCUGUACACUGGUUACCUCUAGUUGAUACUGUUAUUUUGUUAAAAGAGGGCAAAAUAUUAGAAAGUGGAUCUUACAUCAAGUUGAUGAGAAGACAUGGAUAUCUCGCAGAUUUUCUCUAUACCUUUUAUGUCGAACAUGAAAGCGAACAUGAGGAGGAGGAUCCUGAAGUGAAGGAAUUAAAAAGUAAAGUAUGGGAUCACGUUGAGACAGUUACUAGCACAUCAGAGGGAGCUAACUCUAGUGAUGAUAAUAUUGUCAUACAAAGAAGUAAAUGGAAAAGCUCACCAACAGAAAGUGAAGUAGAAAAAUCUAUUGAUAUAUAUAGAAGCAUUUCGUGUAGUAGUAGUAGACAAAUCAGCCGGCUUAUUGAUGAGGAGAAAACAGAAGUUGGCAGGGUUCGUUUUGCCGUGUUUAUUGCCUAUGCUAAAGCCAUAGGGAUGUGCUCAACACUAUUUAUCUUCAUUUUCUAUACUUUAUAUCAAGGCAGUAGUGUAGCCGCAAAUAUAUUGUUGUCAACAUGGACGGACGACCCCGAGUUACAAAAUUUAACUUUAUCCCAGACCUCCAGUUAUAUCAAUAAAAAUCACCAAUAUCUGACACUUUUUGGGGUGUUUGGUAUCCUUCAAGCUGUAUUUAUAUUAAUACAUGCUGCUAUAGCCAACACACAAAUGGUGAAAGCUGCCGGAAAAUUACACUCUAAAAUGCUUACCAGCAUAGUUAAAGCGCCGAUGUCAUUUUUUGAGACUACACCUAUUGGAAGAAUAGUCAACAGAUUUUCCAGAGAUAUAGAGACGAUUGAUAAUCUUAUUCCCUCUAUUUUUUCGAUGUGGAUAUUAACCAUUUUCUCGGUGACAAGCACUAUAUUGGUAAUUUGUGUGACAACGCCUUUAUUUACUAUAGUAGUUAUACCAUUGGUCUUCAUGUAUACAGCAAUACAGAAAUUUUUUGUUCCAACUUCCCGGCAGCUGAAACGGCUAGAAUCUGUUACCAAGUCACCAAUUUAUUCCCAUUUUGGCGAGUCGAUCCAAGGGUCGCUUAAUAUCCGAGCUUAUGAAGCACGUGAACGUUUUGUAAAAGAUUCCAGAUCGCUGAUUGAUAAAAACCAAAUCUAUUAUUUCGCAGGGAUAUCAGCUAACAGGUGGCUUGGAAUAUGGAUCGAGUUUAUAAGUAGCUGUGUUGUAUUUGCUGCCGCUCUGUUUUCACUCUUAUCUCCGGGAGCUACAGGGGGUAGUUUAGGAUUGUCUGUUACGUAUGCUCUUCAGAUUACCUCGUCCUUAAAAUGGUUAGUGAGAACCUUAAGUGAUCUAGAAACUAAUAUAGUAUCUGUAGAGAGAGUGAAAGAAUACUCAGAAUUAAAAUCAGAGGGGUCAUGGAUGAACAGGCAUAACCGUCCACCAGUUGAUUGGCCGGAAGCAGGUAAUAUACAGUUUCAGCUCUACAGUACGAGAUACAGACCUGGUUUAGAUCUUGUAUUAAAAAUUAUAUCCUGCGACAUCAAACCCGGAGAAAAGAUUGGUAUAGUAGGAAGAACAGGAGCGGGUAAAUCUUCGUUUGUUUUGGCUUUAUUUAGACUGGUUGAAUCUGUUGCUGGUAGUAUAUAUAUCGACGAUAGACGUAUAGAUGAUAUGGGACUGCACGAUCUUAGAUCGAAACUUACCAUAUUACCACAGGAUCCUGUUUUAUUUGCUGGAAGUCUACGAAUGAAUCUUGAUCCUUUUGGGUGUUAUAAUGAUGAAGAUAUAUGGACAGCUCUAACUCUGGCCCAUCUCAAAGUUUAUGUUAAAUCUUUACCCGGUGGUCUCAGUUAUGACUGUGGAGAAGGUGGUCAGAACUUUAGCGUUGGACAGCGUCAAUUAGUUUGUUUAGCUCGUGCCUUGCUAAGAAAGACCAAGGUGCUAAUACUGGAUGAAGCCACUGCAGCAGUGGAUUUAAUGACUGACAAUUUAAUACAAGAGACGGUGCGAAGCGAGUUUAAAGAUUGUACUAUUCUAACAGUUGCACAUCGUAUUAACACUAUCAUGGAUUAUGACAGAGUUAUGGUUCUUGGUGGUGGAAAGAUCAUAGAAUUUGACAAACCGGCAAUAUUACUCCAAGACGAAGAAAGUUCUUUUUAUGAUUUGGCCAAGGAUGCUGAUAUCAUAUAACACGGUUUACAGUCUCGUUAGCCUCCAAGCAAUGCGCUAUAGAAAUAUUCAAAAUAUAUUGUGAUUAAGAUUAAAGCAGAACAGCAGGACGUUAAGCGCCAUUUCAUUUCAUUUCAUUUCAUUUCAUUUCAUUUUUCAUUAAGAUUAGAAAUGAGGAUAACCACGAAUUGAAUCCAGUAUAGUUAAACAGGGAGAUACCAAUAUACUGAACAAUGUCUAAUCUUCGUGUUUACCAACAGAAACUGUUUACUUUGUUAUUAGAAAUAUUCAAAAUAUAUUGUGAUUAAGAUUAAAGCAGAACAGUAGGACGUUAAGCGCCAUUUCAUUUCAUUUCAUUUCAUUUUUCAUUAAGAUUAAAAAUGAGGAUAACCUCGAAUUGAAUCCAGUAUAGUUAAACAGGGAGAUACCAAUAUACUGAACAAUGUCUAAUCUUCGUGUUUGCCAACAGAAACUGUUUACUUUGUUAUUAAAGACAUCGUUGUCCAGGCUGGAUUUGAAAAUAUUAGUGUUAUAAAAUGAAUUUAUAUCAUUUCGUAAACAAAAGCAUUAAAUAGGGAGCAAUACCAAAUCAACAAAUCAUACAUAUCUUAUUAAUUAUUUAUGCAUAUUUAAUGAAAGUCUUGUCUUUUGAUAAGCAAUAUAUCUAGAACAAAACUAUGACUAUGUUGAUAGUCCCAGGGGACACCGACACUUUCAUGUAUGAAAGAAGGCAUUAUUAUACUAAUUAAUAUGCGUUAGACAAUCUCGAUUACUGGAUCUGAUACUUUUAAUGUGAUUAUCCUUGAACUAAUGUAUGAAAGACGGCAUUAUUAUACUAAUUAAUAUGUGUUAGACAAUCUCGAUAACUGGAUCUGAUACUUUUAAUGUGAUUAUCUUUGAACUAAUGUAUGAAAGACGGCAUUAUUAUACUAAUUGAUAUGUGUUAGACAUUCUCGAUUACUGGAUCUGAUACUUUUAAUUUAAUUAUCUUUGAACUAAUGUAUGAAAGGAAGCAUUAUUAUACUAAUUUAGUUUAGGACUUUGUGAAGAAGGCCCCUGGUUAUUUACAACCAUAGUAGUAUUUGAACUUUCAGCAGUUCUUUUAU